GCUGGUUGCGCUGGCGGAGGGCAGGGAGUACGAAGCCGUGGUGCAGGUGCCUGCCUCCCUGCAGGACAUGGCGCCCACCAGCUACGUGGCGGCCUCCUCCUGCAGGUCGCAGCAGCCGCUUGCGGUGGCCACCUCGUCCAUCGCCACCACCGCCGCCACCACCACGCGGCUGCUGCGCUGCAACGCAGAUCCCCACCCCCACCACCAUCACCACCCCCACCCCCACCGGCAAUCCACCCGGUCCAUCGACCUCUUGGGCACCACGUUUGAGGGGGUGGACGAUGAUGCCGCUGGGCAGGCGGCUGCGGACCACCACAACCACCACCGCAACCACCACCGCAGUCAUGGUCAUGGAGAUACCCGGCAGGCGGCACACGACCAUGAGGACCCGCACGACCUCGCCUCCGAGCUGCUGGAUUCCGAGGACCGCAAGCUGCUGGAGGCGCUCAGCCUCACAGCGGCUCCCGCCACCGCCCCGGACUGCCUCCAGCGGCACCGCACCCAACACGCCCUGGCGUCGCCACCGCCGAAGCUGCUGCAGCAGCGGCAACCGCAGCAGCAGCAGCUGCAGCAGCAGCCACAGUUCCUCCGCAGCAUGAGCAUGCAGGAGGUUCAGAACCUGCAGGAGGAACAGCCGCAGCAACCACAGCAGCAGCAACAGCUGCUGUGGAGACCGGCCACAGCUCAGCAGGUCAAGGCCCCACCGCAGCAGCAGCAGCACCGGCACCGCCCCGCGUACAGCAUCACACGAGCCCGCGACAGCGGUACCCCCACCACCGCUGCUCCUGCCACUCCCGCUGGCACACGCAGCACCAGCAGCGGCACCGGUAACGCUCCUCCCAUGCGCCUCUGCAGUCGCGCCAUGAGUUUCAGUGUGGACGCACGUUGCGGGUCUUCUGGCUCCACCUCCUCCCUGGGGCCGGCCGGCCAGCACCCCCCCGGCCGCCCCCAGCCGGCCCCGGUGAUGUCCCUCUUCAGCAUGCUGGCGGG